AUGUCCGACCCUUCUGCCUUGAGUCCCGGUAUGGUUGCUUCUACGCCAAUGUCCGCAAUUCUCGAGGCUCCGCCAGCCAUAGACAAUCUAUACGGAGCCUACUUGCUUGGGACGUUUGUUAGUUUGGUCCUGUAUGGCGUGAGCCUUCACCAGCUCUACUUGUAUGCACGCACCUCCAAGACGGAUACCGCGCUCAUUCGAUCACUUGUCACGCUUGUCAUGUUGUUGGAAACGCUGCAUGCGGCUUUGCUGAUGCAUACGUGCUAUUACUACCUUGUCUCAAACUAUGAUGAUGUCACUGGCGAAAAGGUUUUCCAUAGUGUUUCGUCUAUGCAGGUCACACCAGUCAUUACGACGCUGGUUACCCUGACAUCGCAAAUUAUCAAGUUGGACAGCCUUACCGGCUUCGAACGGGGCGGGGACUGGCUCUUUCCGCUCGCCACGGGCUCGGCGACCUCGGCCGAUCUGUUGCUGUCCAGCGCAAUCGUCUUUUCGGUAUGGCGAAGUCGCGUGGGCCACAUACGCCCCAAGACGGAGGGCCCCUUCGAUGUUGCAGUGCUCUACGUGUUGAACAGUGGUCUGCUGACUGGCAUCGCCAAUACUCCGUCCGUCAUCGCUGGCAUCUACCUGCCACAAACAUUCAUCUGGGCGGCCUUCAACUUCAUUGGCGCGAGAUUCUAUGCUAUCACUUUGCUCUCGGUUCUCAACUCCAGGAAAUUCUCUGCCACGCGCGGCAUGGAGAUAUUCGACGCAGCCAGGUUCGGUCCCGGCAUUAUCGCGCGCGCGAACCACAUAGCUGCCGUUGAGCGCUGGAAUGCCCCACAGGUCCCGGACGCAGCCCCUGCUAAAAUAAAUAUAAAUGUCGAGGCCGAGGUCGAGGUCCACCAACAACGCGACUCGGAUGGCACAAAACAUUAUCGCGACCACAAGGCUUUUGACUCGAGUUCUGUAUGA